AAAUUUCAGACUGAACAUGCCGAAAGCACAAGCUCCAGUAACAGUAGCAGUAACAGUAACAGUAGCAGUAGCCCUAACGAACCAUGACAGUGAACAGUCACGAGCUCUAUAACUUAAUAAAGAACUCGAAGUUCGCACAGGUUGCGUCACCACUUCUGAAGAAAAUUAGAGGAAGUGCAAAUCCUACACCAACUCAUCAAAUAAUCUUUACACCAAAGACUAAUGCAGCAAGAUCAGAUUAUGGUCUUAAAACAACUUUACCAAAGAAAAUUGGAUUUUCUCAUAUUUCAUUUAAUGAUAUAGAUAAUUAUAAGAAUAUGCCAGAUGUUGAAAAAAGUUCUAGUAAAUUAUAUACUAGACUUACAUUUCAAGAAUCAGGACUUGCUGUUAAUCAUAAUUAUACAUCAACUAAUCCAUUAUUUCCUAAUGAAGAAAAUAAAUCUAAUUAUAAAGCUGAAAGAGAUAAUAUAGUUAAUAGUUUGAAUUUACAUUCUGCUGCAUCAGUUAAUGAAGUUUUAAAUGUUUUAAAUAGUAAUAAGAAAUUACAUCAAAAAUAUCAACAAUGGUUAAUUAAAAAUUAUCCUCAAGCUCUUAUAACUAAUAUAACUCAAACAACUGCAAGAGAAUUAUUAAGUAAAUUUUUAAAUUCAUCACCUGAUAUUAAAAGAAAAGAAGUAUCAUUACAAGAUUUAUCAAAUAAAUUAGGUAAAGUAACUAAAUCAGCUAUUUCAAGUAAAAUUCAAGGUUCAGGUGGAUUUUCUUAUAUGCAAAAGGGUAGAUUAAAUAAUACUCCAAAUGGUAUUAAAUAUGGAACUAUUGCUCCUGGUAGAAUUGUUGAUACUAAAGAAGCUGCCAUUGGUGGAUUUGUUGCAGGUAUUAAUGAACGUACAACUAAUUUACAAGUUAAUUAUGCUUCAAAUGCUCCAGGUAAACAUCUUAGACAAUUUGUUAUGCCAUUUAAGAUUAAUUCAGUAGAAUUUAAUGAAAAUGGUUCGGUUAAAGUCUUUGCUGAUGGUGUUAAAGCUGGUACUUGGAUGUAUGGAAAUAAUGGUCCAGAAAAUCAAUCAAGAAAUAAAUAUAAAGCCAAUAAUCCAAAUUUCCAAAAUGCUGCGGCUAGAAGUAAACAAGACAAUGAAAUGUUGACCACUUUGUUGAAUAUAGUAUUCUAAUUGUCUAUCCCCUUGUAAAUAUACAUUUAACUUUAU